GGGUGAUUCCAGUUGGAAAGCUAACAUGAUCCCUUUUUUAACCUCUUUUCCUGAAUUAGUUUAAAGAUUAGUCCCAUAUAAUAGGCUUUAUGUGGCUAAGCAUUAAAUGGCUAUCCAUCAAAUGGAUAUAUUCCAGCAUUUAGUAACUUAUAUGAGUAAGCGAUAUAAAUGAAGAUAGAAUUGACAUUCCUUUUGAAGUGUCUCCAGGCUUAGGCUAUAACUUUCCUUGUCUGCAGUCCAGACUCAGUUGUGAGAAAGCUGUUUAUACUGCUCUUUGAAAAUUCAACUAAGGUGCACCAGCUGAAAAAUUCUUGCUUUGCAUGCCAAUAUGAAAUUAUUUUUAGCAUGGUGACUAUGCUAGUUUGCACUGCUUUCAUCUAGGCUGACAAGUAGAGGAUCCAGGUGUGUCUGUUACUCAGAAAAUGAAAGGGAAAGUACACCCUACGAGUAAGGUAUCAGUAUUUACUUCAAAGAUCAACAUUAGGUGGAAUUAAUAUGUAAUUUAUUUGUUAAUAAUGGCGUAAUUAGUUUACCCAUCAAAUUUCAAUUACCAAAUGGCAGGCAACAGUCCUCCUCCCUUUCCAGAGCUGCUGCUAUCGUUAAUAUGCUAAUUUUCAGCAAUUCAGAAAUUAUAGAUUAUCCUGUAAAUAUAACUUUAGCCUCAAAUACAGCCCGAGAAAGCAGCAUCCUGAAGACAAAACAUAGAAUUCUUAGCGGGAAAAGAGACCGUCAGCGAUCAGACUGGGCACAGUGCCUAUUCCGUCCUUAGCUUUUUUGUUUGGGGAUUGUUCUGAAAUAGGAAGUUGUUGGUUUCAAAACUCGAUUUUUGUGGAGGCGUCGCUGCUACCUAUCCCCCCCUUGGGCUAUGUUUUCUCUCACAGUCGCGCCUAGUAAAUGCAAGUGUGUUUAACUCUCAAAUCGACACCUCAAUAAAAUGAGAUGCUAUUAGAAAAGUUUUGAUUUUUCUUAGAAAAAAAUAAAAUAGAUUCUGUCUCUAAAAGGAAGAAAAAAUGAAAAGUGCCCAUCUGGUUAUAUUGGAACGGCCUUGCUUUACAACCUCGGUCCCACUUCUCUCAGCUAUUCACCCACCCACCCUUGCGGCUCCUGCCGGGCUUCUCGAAGCAGGGGAUCUCUGGCGCACGAUGUGAGGAAGAGGAUCAGCUGGUGAAAAAAAUGGGUCUGUUGGCCUUAUUCGUUUUAUUCAGGGGAGGAUUAAAACCAGGACACCUCCAAGGUCUCGACGCCAUUUCCUCCCCACACCGGCCUCGAACCCUGGAAGACGCCAGGCCAGUCUAGGCUGGGCCCGAGGUCAGCGCUGGGCCGCUGUCACCCGGCUGCCCCGAGGCCUAUGCUAGAAGUACGGCACGAAAAGGGCCCGGCCUGGGCGUCCAAAGGACCAGAAGCACUGGCGGGCCCCGAAUUCCCAGCAGUACUCGAAGUUGGGGGAUUGGGGGGGACCAAAGCUCCAGCUCCCUCCCUCCGCCAGAGGCCGGACAGCCGCAUCCAUCACCCGCCCGCGCGCUUCCUGAUCCGGGUCCGCGCGCGCGGCGCGCCUAUUGGCGGGGGCUAGUCACGUGGUGGGUACAGGGCGGGGGCGCGCGCGGGACCGAGACGAGCGCGCGCGCGAGGGGGGUGGGGGGAGGAGCGGCGCGAACUUUGGUGGCGCUGGCUGCCGCGGGAGGGGGAGGGGGAGGGGUGGGCGCUUGACAGCGGGGGAGGGGAAGGGAGCAGAGGAAAGGGGGGAUGGGAAGCGAGGCAGGAGGGGGAGGGGCCUCGGCGAGCCCAGAAAAACGACAACGCGAGAAAAAUUAGUAUUUUUGCACUUCACAAAUUAAUGACCAUGAGCUCGUUUUUGAUAAACUCCAACUACAUCGAGCCCAAGUUCCCUCCCUUUGAGGAGUACGCGCAGCACAGCGGCCCGGGCGGCGGAGACGGCGGCCCAGGCGGGGGCCCCAGCUACCAGCAGCCCCCAGCGCCCGCGGCCCAGCACCUGCCGGCGCAACAGCCCCAGCUCCCCCACGCGGGCAACAGCCGCGAGCCCCCCGCCUCCUACUACGCGCCACGGGCCGCCCGCGAGCCCUCCUACCCUGCGGCCGCGCUCUACCCCGCGCAUGGUGCCGCCGACGCCGCCUACCCCUAUGGCUAUCGCGGUGGCGCCAGCCCGGGGCGGCAGCCACAGCCCGAGCAGCCCCCGGCGCGAGCCAAGGGUCCUGCGCACGGCCUGCACGCGAGCCACGUCCUGCCGCCGGGGCGGCAGCCCCCGCCGCCGCCUCCCCCGCAGCAUCGCGCGGCGCCCCCUGCACCCCCGCGGCGUUGCGAGGCGGCUCCAGCCACCCCGGGCGUCCCGGCAGGGGGCAGCGCCCCCGCGUGCCCGCUGCUCCUGGCCGACAAGAACCCGCCCGGCCUGAAGGGCAAAGAGCCUGUGGUGUACCCCUGGAUGAAGAAGAUCCAUGUCAGCGCCGUCAACCCCAGUUAUAACGGAGGGGAGCCCAAGCGCUCUCGAACCGCAUACACCCGACAGCAGGUCUUGGAGCUGGAGAAGGAGUUCCACUUUAACCGCUACCUGACCCGGCGGCGCCGCAUCGAGAUCGCCCACACGCUCUGCUUGUCCGAGCGCCAGGUCAAGAUCUGGUUUCAGAACCGGAGGAUGAAGUGGAAGAAAGAUCACAAAUUGCCCAACACUAAGAUGCGGUCCUCCAACUCGGCCUCGGCCUCAGCAGGCCCGCCAGGGAAAGCACAAACUCAGAGCCCGCACCUGCCUCCCCACUCCCACCAGGGUGCCUCCACACCCAUUCCCUCCUCCAUAUAAUCUUCUAGAGAUCUAGACCAGUUUCAUUCCCCCACCUGCUUUUCCCCCCCUCUUCUGCCCUUUUCCCCAUACUCCUACCUGUCUGGACCAUAACAGACCCCCAAACAAAACCCAACUUGGUGAAAAGGAUAAUAGAAGACAUUAUGUCGGUAAGAGUAUGUGCUGGUUGCCACCUAAGAGAAGACAAUAGCCAGGAUGCUGGCUGAUGUCAGCAUCAACCUGCUGGCCUGAAUAAGGCUGCAGGUUUGGGUACCUGAGAAGGACCACUUGGCAACAGAUACUUUUGAGAUGGCUAAACCCAGCUGGACAGCCCAUACUGACUAGGCACACAUAUAUGUAUAUUUGUUGCAAGCAGAAGAAAACAGACCCUUUUCCCACCUUCCCUACCUCCCCCUUCCACAUUAAGGCAGCUCAUACAAGCUUGUAUUGAACUGAAUAAAUGAGUAGACAUUGUGGACCUCACAAGAUUAUUUAAUUCUCAAAAUGUAUAGACCUUGAUGGUAGAUGUGACACAUGUUAGUUUUCCUUCCUUGCAUUUAUUUAAAAUAUUGUUGUAGAGUUGUUGUUGUCUUACUCUGAGGCACAAUCUUGGGGGUUCGGGGAGUGCAUUUAGACCCAUGUGCAACUGUACAAAUUGUGGUGUGGCUAUAUAGAAAAGCCAUGUGCUAAGAAUAAACUCUGUUU